GCGGGGGUCGUCGCCGGCGCUCCUGGUUCCGGCUGCUCCUCUCGCUCUCCGCCGCUCCGGCCGCUGCUCUCGCUCGCCAUGUUCUCCGUCCGCGCCCCUCUCGCCACCAUCGCCGACCAGCAGCAGCUGCAGGUGUCGCCGCUGAAGCGCCUCAACCUGGCCGACAAGGAGAACACGCCCCCGAGCCUGAGCGAGACCCGCGUCCUGGCCAGCAAGGUGGCGAGGAGACUCCUCCAGGACGCCGCCGAGCCGGAGAGUAAAGCGUCUCCCAACCCCAGCGUGGAGGACGAGCCCUUACUGAGAGAGAAUCCCCGCCGCUUCGUUGUCUUCCCCAUCGAAUACCAUGACAUCUGGCAGAUGUACAAGAAAGCUGAGGCCUCCUUCUGGACGGCUGAGGAGGUGGACCUUUCCAAAGAUAUUCAGCACUGGGAAGCUCUGAAACCCGAUGAGAAACAUUUCAUAUCUCAUGUUCUGGCCUUCUUUGCGGCCAGUGACGGCAUAGUCAAUGAAAACUUGGUGGAGCGAUUUAGCCAAGAAGUUCAAGUUACAGAGGCCCGCUGUUUCUAUGGCUUCCAAAUUGCCAUGGAAAACAUACAUUCUGAGAUGUACAGUCUCCUUAUUGACACUUACAUUAAAGAUUCCAAGGAGAGGGAGUAUCUCUUCAAUGCUAUUGAAACGAUGCCCUGUGUGAAAAAGAAGGCUGACUGGGCCUUGCGCUGGAUUGGGGACAAAGAGGCUACGUAUGGAGAGCGCGUUGUGGCCUUCGCUGCCGUGGAGGGGAUCUUCUUCUCUGGCUCCUUCGCGUCAAUAUUCUGGCUCAAGAAGCGGGGACUGAUGCCGGGCCUUACCUUUUCCAAUGAGCUUAUCAGCAGAGACGAGGGCUUACAUUGUGACUUUGCCUGCCUGAUGUUCAAGCACCUGGUACACAAGCCGUCGGAGCAGAGAGUACGAGAAAUAAUUACCAACGCAGUGAGGAUAGAGCAGGAGUUCCUCACGGAGGCCUUGCCCGUGAAGCUCAUCGGGAUGAACUGCACUCUGAUGAAGCAGUAUAUCGAAUUCGUGGCAGACAGGCUUAUGCUGGAGCUGGGGUUCAACAAGAUUUUCAAAGUAGAAAAUCCAUUUGACUUCAUGGAAAAUAUUUCAUUAGAAGGAAAGACAAACUUCUUUGAGAAGCGAGUAGGCGAGUAUCAGAGGAUGGGGGUGAUGUCGAAUUCAACAGAUAAUUCUUUUACCUUGGAUGCAGACUUCUAAGUAAGCUGACUGCUCUUUGCGGAUCGUUUUUCUCGCCUUGUCAAAAACAGCAAAAACAACUGGCUACACCAUGAAUUGCCAUUAAAUUUGUAAACCGGUGUCUAAAAUCUGUGUAGCUACCUCAGUGGGUCGGUCCUUUUUCUUUUGCUAGCUGUGUUUAAACAAGGUACUUGGAUUCUUAGGGGAGAUCCUGGCCUUGGCUUUUGUGAGUAGUGUGGUCACCUUUGGCCUCCAAGCACUAACAGCGGCAUCCAUCCAGGCUUUGUGAGAGGCGACCCUCCAGCCAGCCGGAUUAAGCAUUUAGUUGCCACAAAGCUGUUUAAAGAUGUCAGCCUCAUUCACCACUGCCUGCGGACUCUCUAGAGUUUACUUAACAAGUUUGUAAAUAGAACUGGCACUUUGCACACAAACAUAGUACUGUCGAGGGGAAGAGACCAAACACCAAGUGUUCUGUUCACCGCCGAUGGCAGCUGAUUAACAUGUAAGUGACUCAGAAGUGAGUGAGGAGGCACAUCGUUUCCAAGCUCUGUUCUUCAGUGGAUUGAAAUGCUCCUUCAGCAGCUUUGAGGUCAAAACUGUGUGAUCUAGGCAUUAGCCCGCUGGUGCUAGUCAUGUACACAGUGUGCCUGACCCCAUGGAUCAGGGCAUCUCCCGAUUCAUAGAACCUCCAACUUGGAGUCACUGGAAACUUGGGCAGGAUUUGGGACGCUUGGCCCAGGCCCAGUCUCCCAUUUGUCUGAAAAGCAGUAGUUAUUUUUUCUCCCCCCAAGUUGUACUUUGCCCCAUUUCUAGUUAGUGCAGAGUCUUGAAAGGUAAAUAGGGUUUUCAAUAGUGACCUGUUCAUAGUCUUGAUUUUUGUCAGUGGUAAAGCCAGGGCUGAAGUCGGCUCCUAAAAGAAGCUGGAUAUUUUAGAUUGUGUUGAACAGGUACGAUUGAAAUUUCAUCCACUUACAUUGUCUUUUAUUGGGGUUUACCUGGUUUAUGUUUUAUUUUCUUAAUUGUUCAGUAUUAUCUUGAAGUUUGCAAAUGCUAAGAUAGUACUGUAAAUUCUGGAAUUUGCCUAAAUUUGAGUGUCACGUGGUAGUUUUUUUCUUUUUUUUAAGACUGGGUCUUUAAAAAACUGACUAGUCUUAGAACUUGUGUAGACCAGUUAAGCCUCUCAGACUUGCCUAUGUCUCCCAAAUACUGGUAUUAAGGUUUGUGCCACCAUGCCUGAAUUCCUAAACCAGAAACCAGUACUGUAUGGGCUGUUUUGUAUGUCCAUUCACAUUCUUGUCAGACCAAUAGAUACAACUAACAGCAAAAUCUGCUUUUAUGUGCAUUGUUAAUCUGUUUGUGUUUAGGAAACAAUCCAUUAUUCACCUGGUGAGUUUGAGGCCAGUUGGAGGUUACAUAAGAGGAACUGUCUUAAAAAACCAAAACAAAAGUAAGCAUGGUUGAUACUUGGAGUAACUCCCAUUGGUCUCUUAACCUCCUUGUUAACUGAUGCUGAUGUGUUCCAGCUGUUUAACCCUUGAUCCGUUUUCUUUAUUGUAUACAUUUGUAAUAUGAGAUGCUUUGUACCUAUUAAAUUAUUGUUACCUAAAAUUAAUAAACUCAAUUGCGUGGCA